CCUCGCCCCUCCCACAAGUGCGGGCCCGGGCCGGCUCUGCGCAGGCGCGGCCGCCGGCUCAGGCGGCGGCGUGCCGUUCCGGGGCAGAGCCGCGCGGUUGCGGCCAUGCUGCAGAGCCUGGGCCUGGUGGGCACUAUCGCAGAGGGGGACGCGGGGCCCGAGGACCCUGAGUCUGGGGGCUCCGAGGAUGAGGAGGAGCUGCGCCGGGCGCCGGGCCCCAGGCGGCGGGGCCCCGCAGGCGGGGACUUCAGCGCCGCCUUCGUCUUCGGCGAGGCGGAGGCCGGCGGGGAAGGCGCCUGGGCGGCGGCACUGCGCCAGCUCCGCGGCAAGAGAGCAGCUACGACGCUGGACGAGAAGAUUGAGAAAGUGAGACAGAAAAGGAAGUUCCAGGAAAGAGAAGCUAAACAAGCAAAAGUGAGAGAUGAAGAUGUGGAGACUGUGGAUAAUCAAACCAAAAAGAUGGAGUGUGAGGAUUUCAGUAGGGACGAAGAAGAAGAAGAUGUGGAGUCUCAGUAUUCAUUGGAUGAUGAAACUAUCUUCACAAAAGCAGAUACAGUCAAAGUGAAGGAACGGAGGAGAUCAAAAAAGGGAGAAAUGGAAGCAGAGAGCUUUUUUGAAGAUGCCUCUCAAUAUGACGAUAACUUGUCAUUCCAGGACAUGAAUCUUUCACGACCUUUGCUAAAGGCAAUCACAGCUUUUGGCUUCAAGCAACCAACCCCAAUUCAGAAGGCUUGUAUCCCAGUGGGUCUUCUGGGGAAGGAUAUUUGUGCCUGUGCUGCCACUGGGACAGGUAAAACAGCUGCCUUUAUCUUGCCGGUCCUUGAGCGCCUGAUUUACAAACCUCGUCAGGCUCCAAUAACACGGGUGUUGGUUCUAGUGCCAACACGAGAACUGGGUAUUCAGGUGCACUCUGUCACAAAACAGCUGGCGCAGUUCAGCAGUGUCACAACUUGCCUUGCUGUAGGUGGCCUAGAUGUGAAGACUCAGGAAGCAGCUCUGCGCUCUGGGCCAGACAUUCUUAUCGCCACUCCUGGGCGACUCAUUGAUCAUCUCCACAACUGCCCUUCUUUCCACCUGAGCAGUGUUGAGGUGCUGAUUUUGGAUGAAGCGGACAGGAUGCUGGAUGAAUACUUUGAGGAACAGAUGAAGGAAAUAAUCAGGCUGUGCUCCAAGCACCGUCAAACAAUGCUUUUCUCUGCCACAAUGACAGAGGAGGUGAAAGAUUUGGCUUCUGUUUCCCUGAAAAAUCCCAUCCGAAUUUUUGUGAACAGCAACACAGAUGUUGCCCCUUUCCUGCGGCAGGAAUUUAUCCGGAUCAGACCCAACCGAGAGGGGGACCGUGAGGCCAUUGUAUCAGCUCUACUGACACGAACCUUCCCAGAUCAUGUGAUGCUUUUCACCCAGACCAAGAAGCAAGCUCACCGUAUGCACAUCCUACUUGGGCUGAUGGGUCUACGGGUUGGGGAGCUUCAUGGGAACCUCUCUCAGGCACAGCGGCUGGAAGCACUCAGGCGCUUUAAGGAUGAGCAGAUUGAUAUUCUGGUAGCUACAGAUGUGGCUGCACGCGGACUUGAUAUUGAAGGUGUUAAAACAGUAAUCAAUUUUACCAUGCCCAACACCACCAAGCACUAUGUUCAUCGAGUGGGUCGCACAGCAAGAGCAGGCAGGGCUGGUCGUUCAGUUUCACUUGUGGGUGAGGAAGAGCGCAAGAUGCUGAAGGAUAUUGUGAAGAGUGCCAAAACAGCAGUGAAAGCCAGAAUUCUCCCCCCAGAUGUCAUACUAAAAUUUCGAGAGAAGAUUGAGAAUCUAGAGAAAGAUGUGUAUGCAGUUCUGUGCUUGGAGCGUGAGGAACGUGAGAUGCAGCAGUCAGAGGCCCAGAUCAAUAGGGCAAAGAAGCAGCUGGAGACAGGAAAACAAGAGGGUGUGGGUUUGGAGCGGAGCUGGUUCCAGACCCGUGAGGAGAGGAAGAAAGAGAAACUGGCUAAAGCCCUGCAGGAGUUUGACCUAGCAUUACGAGGCAAAAAGAAAAGGAAGAAAUUUAUGCAGGACAGACAGAAAAAAGCCCAAAUGACACCAGAGGAGAGGUCACAGUUUGAAAUCUUGAAAUCUCAAAUGUAUGCUGAGCGGCUGGCAAAAAGGAAUCGCCGAGCAAAGCGAGCCAGAGUCUUGCCAGAAGAGGAACCAGUAGCAGCACCAGCAGGCCCCAAGCGGAAGAAAAAAUUGUCUGUGUUUGACGAAGAGCUUACCAACACAAGCAGGAAGGCUCUGAAGCAGUACCGUGCCGGCCCAUCAUUUGAAGAUCGAAAACGCUUGGGUAUGGCCCAACAUAGGAAAGGAGGAAACUUCAAAUCCAAGUCCAGGUACAAGAGAAAGUAAGAGCUGUUGGUAAUUACCAAAUGCAUAAUUCCAGAUAUGCUCUCUCCAAGGCCUGGAUUUCUUCAUACUGUGAGGAGACAACUUCAGUAAAAUUAAAUAGUUUUUCUUCCAAGGUCUGGAAUAGCUUUGAGAUGUUGGUUAAUACCUGAUUGAAGACCCUAUGUGAAAACAUCUUCAGCAGCCCAUGCAAUAAAGGAUUGAUUCUUCUU